AUGUGUGGGCAGGGGGAGGAGGAAGAGGGUGGAGGAGGAGUAGGGGAAGAAGGAGGAGGAAUGAUGCAUAAAAACAAACAUCUCAGAAAGAAGAGAAAUCUUGCUAAAAAAACUUCUGGGCACAAAUUCCGUAAAUUUAUUUUUCUUCAUUUUUAUGAAGUUCAUGAGUCCGAAAUCAGUGAAGCACUAGAUCUUCUACACUCAUCACUAGACAAACCAGAUGGUUUCGAACAAGUCGUUGACUGUGUGGCAGCUUGGCAGGAUCUAAUUGACAGCUCCGACUCAGCACUAAGGCCAUUGCUGGAAUGUCUAGACGAUGACGAACCAGCUGUUAUUCUUGGAGCAUUGAGAGUAGUCAACGCUCUGAUUCACAAAGCACCAGAUGAAGCGCGAGCCUUCAGAAUUAAAAAUGAACUUUCAGGUAUUUCGACAAUUUCAAAAUAA